AGAGAGUGAGGGCUUCGCACUCUCUCUCUCUCUCUCUAGGUCUUCGACGCGGUUUUCUCUUCUUUUCUUUUCUUCUCUUCGAUCUUCGAUUGUCGUUGUUUUGCUGCAAGUUUUCAGGGAUUUGAGGUUUGGAUGUUCUGUUUACACUCUGCUUGUGUUUGAAGUUCGAUUUGAAGUUGUGGGAUUCUGUGGCGGCUUCUGAUCUACGCUUCUGAAUUGGGGUUUUCUCGGUUCUUCAGUUGUUGGGGGGUUGUUCUUGCGAUUCAGACAGUGUGAGAGGUUUUUUUGUGUGGAGCUAUUGGACUAGGAAGCUUGUGAGGCUACUGCUGAGUGGGAAGCAAUUUUCGAUCUUGGUGUUUUCACUUUCUUCAGGGUUUAGCCUGAAUGGUUUGGCGUGUUUGCAGUGGAGGUGCAUGAUCACGCCCGUGUUCAAUUAGUCUGCAUUCUUGAAGAACCAGAAUUGCUCCAAGGCGCUACCGAAGCAGCUCAUGGUUCAUAUAAAUGGAUAUGAGGACGGAAAAGAAUAUUAGAUACCCAGAAAGAUACUAUGGUAGUAGUUCCUUUCGCACUGCUGGUGAAUCAGAGGGCUCUGGAAGCUCGGGAAGAAUUGAUCCUGAGAUUGCUGUUUCGGAAGUUUCUAGCACGCCGAUGAGAAGAUGUAUGAGUUUUAAUUCUGAUAGGCGUGAAGGGUUGCGAGUCCGAACCCAAGUUCUUCCCUUGACAAGCCUGUUGCAAUCUGAGAGGAAGGACUUGGUUUAUAGGUUGAGAAAUGAACUGGAACAGAUUCAAACCCUCAGAAAGAAAGUAGAAUUGCUUAGAACAAAUAGUUUUACAGUCUCAUCUUCGAGUGAUAUUCUUAGUUGUAGCAACGUGCGCGAUGGGCCAUCAGCUGAACACAUUAAAAAUACCUCAAAUUUGUCUUCUGGGCAACGAAAGAAAUCUAAUGUUCCGAGCCAUAAGAAAGGGCAUGGAUGCAGUCGGGUUGCUUCGGGUAAAGUUGGGUCUACCGUGCAAGCAUCUGUUUCCAACACCACAACCACUACUUCAGCGAUUUUGAUGAAACAGUGUGAACAACUUUUGAAAAGAGUAAUGUCACACCAGUAUGGCUGGGUAUUUAACACUCCUGUUGAUGUGGUGAAGUUAAAUCUCCCUGAUUAUUUCACAAUUAUCAAGCACCCAAUGGAUUUGGGAACUGUGAAAACUAAGUUAUCUUCUGGAGCAUACUCAAGUCCACUGGAUUUUCUUGCUGAUGUGAGGCUCACUUUCACCAAUGCAAUGACAUACAACCCUCCUGGCAAUGAUGUGCACAUCAUGGCUGAUGUUCUUAACUCAUUUUUUGAUAUGAGAUGGAAAGCUAUUGAGAAAAAACUUCCAAAAAUGGAUGGUCAUGCAUUGCCAACUAAAUCUAGACCACGAGAAGAUGUUGAGACUGUUAAGCAAGUACCUCCAAAAAAGAUGAAAGUUGCUUCUGGGCCUCAAGAAAUUACACCCAUACCCGCCAAGCGUGUAAUGACAGACGAAGAAAAGCUAAAUCUGGGGAGAGAGCUGGAGUCGAUGUUAGGAGAAUUUCCCCUGCAUAUAAUUGACUUCUUGAGAGAGCAUAGCUCUGGUGGAAGGGAAUGUGGAGAAGAUGAAUUUGAGAUUGAUAUUGAUGAUCUCAGCGAUGAUACACUUUUCAAAUUGCGGAAGCUACUAGAUGAUCAUUGUCAGGAGAAACAAAAGAACAAUGCCAGUGCUGAACCGUGUGUGAUUGAGUUGCAGAUGUUGAAUGACUCUGGAGUAAGCAACUCAUCAAUGCAACCAUCUAAAGGGGGUGGGCCAAUUGAUGAGGAUGUGAAUGUUGGUGGACAUGAAGCUCCUGUUUCAAGCGGUGCUCCUAUGGAGAUAGAUAAAAACGCUAUGGAUGCUAUCCUUAGGAACAGAAAAUGUACGAGCUCAAGGAAUUCAAAAGCAGAUUCAGACUCUUCUAGUUCUGAAAAUGAAUCCGAGUGUGAUAAAGCUCCAAUUCAUGUGCACGAGCAGGUUCCAGAAACAAUUGGCUCCGCAGGUCUAGUAAUUGAAACGACAACCUCGGGCGGACCGUUUGAAAGGAAUCAAUCUGAAGGUGGCUAUGAACAACUUGAGCAGACUUCCGGCAAGCCCAGUUCUACCGAAUCAGACUGCAAUCAGGAUGGUAACUACGCUGCAUCUGAGAAGCCAGUCUCCCCCGAGCGGCUUUUUCGAGCUGCUCUGCUUAAAAACCGAUUUGUUGACACAAUUUUAAGAGCUAAAGAAAAGACGAUGGCACAGGGCGACAAGGGCGAUCCUGAGAAGUUGAGACAGGAGAGGGAGGAGCUGGAGCAGGAGCAAAGGAAAGAAAAAGCUCGACUACUAGCAGAAGCAAAGGCUGCACGCGAUGCACAAAGACGAGCCGAAGCCGAAGCUGCAGCCGAAGCUAAACGAAAGAGGGAACUCGAUAGAGAAGCAGCACGACAGGCAUUGCUCCAGAUUGAGAAAACCGUUACAAUAGAUGAGAACUCCCAAUUCCUGGAAGACUUGGAGAUGCUUAGAACCGCUCAUACCGAACCCCUGCCGAGCUCGGUGGAUGAGACAAGCCCCGAUCACUCGCAAGAUGGUCUGGGCAGUUUCAAAUUUGUAGGGAGCAAUCCAUUAGAACAACUCGGGUUAUUCAUUAAAGCAGACGAAGAGGACGAGGAAAACGAGCCAAAUUAUAUCUCGAACUCUAUAAAAGAUGUAGAAGAAGGUGAAAUUGAUUAGAGGAUAAAAUAGUGUGAUGUUAAUUCAACGGUAGAAUUGAAUAAUCAAUCCCUUUUGACUGAAGAUAGAAACUGGUGUGUUCCUCCUA